GUUGCGUUGGGUUGGACAAACAGAAAUAUACGCGACACACGAGACAACCAGAAUACCACCAGUGUUGUCCGGCUCCGGAGGAAGAGCACGAAUCUCGGUUUUUCGUUGCGAAUCAAACCGGCCCGGCUAUAUAACCUUUGACCGCCGAAACCGGAUCCAUUCAGAGCAAACUCAAAUCUCCCCUCUCUCUGCCCUAACCGGUCCAUCCGGUUACUUCUCUCUUCCAACAGAACUCCAACCCUAACUCGGUUCUGUUUUUCUGCUCGUAUUCCCCAACUCAAUUCCUCCAUCCCAAUUACAAUUCUCAACACCACACACGAACCGGCUGCAAAAGAAGAAAAAGGCGGGGGGUGUGAUUAGUCCUAGAUGGGUUCAAAUCUUGAACUGGUUCAAAUUACACCCCAGAAACAUGACCCUGCAUGGAAGCAUGUUCAGAUGUUUAAGUGUGGGGACAAGGUUCAACUGAAGUGCAUAUAUUGCCUCAAGAUGUUCAAGGGUGGUGGGAUUCAUAGGAUUAAGGAACAUCUUGCUUGUCAGAAGGGCAAUGCAUCCACCUGCAGCCGUGUUCCCCAUGAUGUUAGGCUACAUAUGCAGCAGAGUUUGGAUGGGGUUGUCAUGAGGAAGAGGAAGAAGCAGAAGAUCGAGGAAGAGAUCAUGAAUCUUACUCCUUUGGAUACUGUUGUGAAUAAUGUAGUGAAUUCGGUUCUAAAUCAGGUGGAUGGGAAUGCCAAUGAGGGAAUGCAAUCCCUUGCAAUACAGAAUCCAGUGGAAGACAAUUCGAAUACGGUAGUGCUUGCUGGGGAAGGGAUGAGUAAAGGUGUAGAAAGGAGAAAAAAGUUAAGACCCAAGCAAUCGACUGCAACUUAUGCAAAUCCUGAGGUUGUUCCUGUGGUGGAGAAAAAUACAGCGGUUCCCAAAAGGAUGGACAGUCACAUUAAUAUGGCAAUAGGUCGGUUUUUCUACGAUGUUGGUGCACCUUUUGAUGCCGUGAACUCAAUCUAUUUCAAGCAGAUGGUUGAGGCAAUUGCUUCAAGGGGUCCAGGAUUCGAGUGCCCCUCGCAUCAUGAACUUCGUGGUUGGGUCCUGAAAACCUCUGUGGAAGAAAUGAAGAAUGAUGUAGAUAGGUGCAGGAUGACAUGGGGGAGGACAGGCUGCUCUAUCUUGGUGGAUCAGCUGAGUUCAGAAGCUGGAAGAAUGCUGCUAAACGUUUUCGCUUACUGUCCCGAAGGAAUAAUCUUUUUGAAAACUUUUGAUGCUACUGAGGUUUCAGUUCCUGCAGAGAGUAUAUAUGAGUUGCUAAGACAAAUAGUAGAAGAAAUUGGAGUCGGGCAAGUGCUUCAAGUGAUUACGCCAGGCGAAGAGCAAUAUGCCAUUGCUGGUAGGCGGCUGACUGAUACUUUUCCUACCCUUUAUUGGAGUCCUUCAGUAGCUCAUUGCAUUGAUUUGAUUCUUGAAGAUUUUGGAAAUCUCAAGUGGAUUAGUACUGUGAUUGAACAAGCUAGAUCUAUAACAAGAUUUGUGUACAAUUGUAGUUCAGUCUUGGGUAUGGUUAGAAGGUAUACUUUAGAGAAUGAUAUUGUGGAUCCUGCCUUCUCACAGUUUGCAACAAACUUUUCCACAUUGAAACGAAUGGUUGAUCUCAAACACAAUUUACAGGCCAUGGUCACUUCUCAGGAGUGGAUGGAUUGCCCAUACGCAAAGAAACCAGCAGGUCUGGAAAUGUUAGAUAUCCUAAGUGAUGAAACGUUUUGGUCUUCAUGUGAAAUGAUUGUUCGUCUAACAGCUCCUCUCUUGCGAGUCCUGAGAACAGCUGCCAGUGAGACAAGACCUGCAAUGGGUUACAUUUAUGCUGGAAUUUACCGGGCAAAAGAAGCUAUUAAGAAAGCACUUGUUAAGAAGGAGGAAUAUAUGGUGUACUGGAAUAUUAUACAUCACAGAUGGGAAAGGUUGUGGAAUCAUCCCCUUCAUGCUGCUGGUUUCUAUCUUAAUCCAAAGUUCUUCUUUAGUAUUCAAGGGGAUAUCCACAGUGAGAUUCUCUCGGGGAUGUUUGAUUGCAUAGAGAGAUUAGUCCCUGAUACGAGAAUCCAAGACAAAAUUAUCAAAGAGAUAACAUUAUACAAGGCUGGUGCAGGAGAUUUUGGGAGAAAGAUGGCAGUCAGAGCUAGAGAUAAUUUACUUCCUUCUGAAUGGUGGUCAACAUAUGGAGGAGGCUGCCCCAACAUGUCACGUUUAGCAAUUCGUAUUCUCAGUCAAACAUGCAGUUUACCAAUCUACAAAAGAAACCAGAUUCCUUUUGAACAAAAAAUAAUGAAUACAAGGAAUUUUAUAGAACGGCAACAUCUCAACGAUCUUGUCUUCGUUCAACACAACUUACAACUAAGACAAAUGUACACCAGCAAAGAACAACAUUUGAGUGAUCCCUUAUCCUUCAACAACAUCAGUUUGGUUGAGGAAUGGAUCAAGGCAAACGAUUUAUACUUCGAAGAGAAUGGGAACUUGGAUUGCAUGGUACUGGAUCCAUCUUCUGUUAACUCAAUGCCUAUAAGGCCUUUAAAUGAUGAAGCUGAAGACUUGGGCGAAGGGUUUGAUGACCAUGAGAUUUUCAGCUGUGGGAAAGAUGGCGAGGAUGAAAACACUGGAGACAAACUAGUAAACCAGUAGUGGAUGAUUCGGAGAUCUGUUCUUUUUUCUGCAGAAUCCAUGCUGGCGGUUUUCCUCAUUAUUGCUUAACAAUGCAGAAAAUGUGUAUCAUUCACAUUUUUCAAUUGUUUUCCAGAUGCUAGCUGGUAGAAUUGAUCAUCAGAAUAAAUAGAGGGAAUCUUGGGUAGGGCCUUGUGGGGAAGAUGAGGAUGUUAUAAUUGUUGUUAGAUAUGUUACUGCCAUAAUUUUCAAUUCUGUGUAGUUGGCUCUAGCGUAGUUGGUAGUUUUGCAGCGCUUGUUGCACCAAAAGAGUGUACAGCUCUUAGAAACUGAAACUAAAUGGAAUGAAAGGAGUUGGUGGAACCUUGAUUUUGUUUCUUGCUAA